UGUCAGCUCAGGAGACCGACGCGCUCCUGGUGUUGCGACAUGAAUCGUCUUCAGAUGCAGUGGGUGUAAACACUCUCCCAAACCGAGUCCGACUCUCACACACUGACUUCUUCCUGUCAGUCUGAGCACAGCAGCGCAGCGCAGCGCAAGACGCAAAGGUGAGCAGUGAAGUGACGGAACGGCACGCAGAUUUCAGAGAAGAUCAAAAUGAGCGGAGAAAACUCAAACCUGCACCUGGAUGGCAUCCCUCUGGAUAUUCUGAGUGAGGUGCAGGACUACCUGAAGCCUUUCCGUCUGCAUCUGGUGAAGCUGAAGGAGGUUUCUGCUCGGCUGAAGAAAUCUAUGGCUCGAGGUUUGGGGAAACACAGUCAUAACAAGGCGGCUGUCAAGAUGCUGCCCACCUUCGUCAGGGCCACACCGGACGGGACGGAGAAGGGCGACUUCCUGGCGCUGGAUCUCGGUGGAACGAACUUCAGAGUGCUUCAUGUCCGCGUGCUGGAGGAAGAGCAGAAAGUGGUGAAGAUGGACAGUCAGAUCUGUGCCAUCCCACAGGAAAUGAUGCUGGGAAGCGGAGAGCAGCUGUUCGACCACAUCGCGGCUUGUCUCAGUGAAUUCGUCAUCUCUCGGGAACUGAAGGGACAAACUCUUCCUCUGGGCUUCACCUUCUCUUUCCCCUGUGAACAGAAGGAAAUCGACAAGAGCAUCCUGAUCCGCUGGACCAAAGGCUUCAAAUGCUCCGGAGUGGAGGGAAAAGACGUGGUGAUGUUGCUGAAAGACGCCGUUCGCAGGAGAGGGGACUAUGAUAUAGGUUCAGUUGCCAUGGUGAACGACACCGUGGGGACAAUGAUGAGCUGCGGCUACAAGGACCAGAGCUGCGAGAUCGGCAUGAUCAUUGGUACGGGAACCAACGCCUGCUACAUGGAGGAGAUGAAGAACGUGAAGCGCGUGGAGGGGGAGGACGGGCGGAUGUGCAUCAACACAGAGUGGGGCGGCUUCGGAGACGACGGCUCCCUGGCAGACAUCCUGACGGAGUUUGACGUGGUGGUGGACAAGACGUCCAUCAACCCUGGCGUCCACACCUUCGAGAAGAUGAUCAGUGGCAUGUAUUUGGGGGAAAUCGUUCGACUGCUGCUGGUGAGGCUGACGGAGGACGAGCUGCUGUUUAAGGGACAGACCUCAGAGGCGCUGCUGACUCCGGGCAAAUUCGAGACGAAGUUCAUCUCUGAGAUCGAGGAGCGGGACAGCGGCCUGGAAAACACUCAGAGAAUUUUGACCAACUUGGGUUUGAAGUGGAAUUCGGUCGACUCCCGUGUGGUGCGUCUCGUCUGUGACACCAUCUCCUCACGCUCCGCCUGUCUCUGUGCCGCUGCCCUGGCAACCCUCGCCAACCGUAUCCGUGUCAACCGCGGGGGGGGCCAAUUGAAGACCACCGUGGGGGUGGAUGGGACGGUCUACAGAAAACACCCCAAUUUCAGUGAGGAGCUCCAGGCGACGGUGCGCCUCCUCGCCCCCAAGUGUGACAUCACCUUCCUGGUCUCAGAGGACGGCAGCGGGAAGGGCGCUGCCAUGGUAACAGCCGUGGCGCAGCGGCUGGCUCUCCAGUCCCGACUGUUAGAGGACAGUGAUGGUGAGGACGACGAUGAAGAGGAGGAGGAGGAGGAGGAGGAGGAGGAAGAUAAAUAAGAGCAGGGAGGAUGCAGAUGAUGUCCAACACAGAGUAAAUAGAGUCUGAAAACAUAUUGUUUUAAAGCCUACAGUAUUUUCUUUUUUAUGUGGAGAAGUUUCACUCCUCCACACGCCCUCAGUUACCUUUUUCAUUUCCUGUUACAAGUUCUGCAAUGUUUUUGGUUUUGUGUUUAGAAACAUUAAAGGUUCCCUGUGGAGUUUCUGACCUCUUGAAGCGCUGUGGAGCUGUUUUCGUUGAGCGGUCCCUGUUUUGUUCGUGCAUUAUUCCACUGAUCUCAGGUGGCGGCGAAACGCCGAGAAACACAGCAAUGCACCAGCAAAGGCAGGGAAGAAGAAGACAGCCACAGGAUUUCAAACAAAAUUCGACUUUGAAUUGUUUUAUGUGGAAAGAAAUUUACUCAACACUGCCUGCAAACAUCACUGUUGCUGUUCAAACUCCACUGGGCAUCUGUAAGCCAAUGAGAGUCCACCCACAGUGUUUGAUUGACGGCAGCAAGUCACCUCAUCAACAAAUGAUAAUAAUAACAAUAAUAGUCAUAAUUGACUUGAAUUGAAGGCUGGAUGAAGUUAUUUGAUUUAAAAGAGAAAUUGUAUUUUUUUUUAAUAACAAGAAAUUGUCAAAUAAUUUGAUAAAAUUAAAAUAGAUCUUAUUUGAUUUUUUCUUAAAUUACGUAAAUUGUCAUUGUUGCAUCUGUUUCAUUUAUCACUGAGAGUGAACAACCUUCAGUGUUUUUGUUGUUUGCGAGACAAAUUCUCUGAUUCAGUCAAUCCAUCUUUUUCAGUUGAAAUGUUGUCACCUGUUUACUCAAUAAUUGUUUCUUCUGACAAACAUAAAGAGAAAGUGCUUUAGAUAAAUGAUGAUGUGGCUGAGAAACAGAUUUACGUGUUCACUUGAAGAGAUAGAAUAAAACAUGUUUACAUCUUGGAAAGCAGAGAAUCCCAAAGACAUUAGAUUCCUAUGAUAUAUAUUAGAUCUUUAAAAGCUAAACAGAUAGUGGAGGACAUUGAAGAAGAAACUUAAUAUUGUGUUUCUUUGCACUCUUUCAUGAACAUGCAGCUGUUUUUUAAGAAAAGAAACAUACCUUCCAAAUAAGCCAAUCAGUGUGCGGCUAUAUUGUUACGUAAAAGCAGCUCUCGACCAAUCACCUUCAACUUUGAGGGUAGAGGAGGCAGCUUUUCUCAGGGGUUUAAACAACUACAUACACCGAAAAGUAUUGUAAUUUCUAUCAAGUUAUAUUCUUUUCAGCCGUGAAAUAUCUUGACAACAUGCUAGCAUUAGCAUUCUGACAAUGCUAGCUAUCUACGCUAGCUAAAUGCUAGCAUAAGCCCUUUUCAGACACAAUAUACAUAACACUGGCGCCUCUGUCUGUCUUUUAAAGUGCAUUGUGUUAUCCUGACAGAGGAGACUUUCACAUUCAUCUUCCUUUCAGCUUUGUUCAGACAUGACCGCAGUUUUAGAGAAAAAGGUAAUUUAAUGUUCUUUGUUAGCAAAUUUUGCUUCCUGUUUUAUCAUCUCCAACAGCGCACAAGCACUGAACGACAGAACACUCAGACGGUACUCAUUUAAUUCCAGUUUGCUCACAAGCUUCAUGUAAACUGCUGGAUACUUGUUUAUUCAUCCGUGCAGCUGGCAUGAAUAAAUAAAAAAAAAUAUCCUCCUAGGCAUCUAAAAAUUUCCUAUUUUCUUAAACCUGUUUUGUGCACAAGAGAUGCUGAUUAAGAUGCUACAUGUAUUAUAGUGAUGAUAGAAAUGAAAAGAUAUGUAUUUAGUCUCUCUGUGCACGUUCCGUUCCAGGUUUCUGCUGCAGUCUUUACAUUAAUCUCACAACAUUCAGUUCAGACUUGUGUUGAAAGUGUUACAGAAAUAUUUCGGGUCUGACUUCGUAAGACUGGCGUCGUGACUUUGACAUCCAAGUGGUCAGGGCUCAUCUUCAUCCACGUUAAACUGUUUUAGAUUAGUCUGAAGGGUGCGUGUCUGAAAGGGGCUUUAGCUGCAAAAAACUAUGCAAACCGUGCAUGUCACUGUAGCAUGCAAACAUCGACAUAAGUAUCUAGCAGCUAUUAACAUGCAUCAUUCUUCGUGUGCUCUUUGUCCACGUUAGCGUUAUGCUAACGCUGGCAGUCAACUCAAAGCACAGCUGAGCCUAACUGAGUAUAACUGAGGCUGAUUACGUCCAUCUUAGACUGAUCAAAGUUCAGUUUUGAUUCUAGUUAGCAAUGUGGCCUUCUCUCUGGCGCCACCCUCAGGACAAACCUUUAAUUGUUUAACUCCAUUACUGGUAAAAAUCUGAGAAUAGCAAAGCUGUCUUUCCAGUCUUCAUUCACAGAUAUUGUUUUCUGGGCCGUGCUGAUCAAAACAAACUUUUUGUUACUCCCUAUCGCUGCUUCUCUCCUUUGUUGGUGUUGAUGCAACACUGCAAAGUUUGUUGCCUGUUUCUACAAGCUUUAACCAUUUAGAGAUCUUAAAAAUCUUUAUUGUAUCGCACAGAUGAGAAAUGAGUCAGACAGAGGUAGAGCGAUGAGACACAGACAUACUCAAAAAACCUUUUAUUACUUGAAAUCAACCAGUUAACCGCAGCUUUGUUUUAGGCUUUUCAAAAUAGUUUUUCCAAGUUGCUAAAAAUCAGCUGUUUUUGUUUCAAAUUGGAAAUAAAGGCACAUUUUGCUCACA